AUGCUCUUACCGUUAGCUCUCUCGUUCUGUGCGCUUGCUGCAGCCUCACCGCUUGUCCAGAAGUAUAGGCCUCUAGUGCUAUGGCAUGGACUGGGUGACUCGCAUUCCUCCCCUGGAAUGCUUGAAUUCGCGUCGCUCAUCGGGGAAAUGUACCCCGGAAUAUUCAUACAUUCAAUAUACAUCGAACAGGACGCCGAUGCCGACCGAAAAGCUACUUUCUACGGGAACGUCAACUCCCAAGUGGACAUGGUGAAUGAGCAGCUGAAUGAUAUACCGGAGCUAAAGGACGGGUUUGACGCUAUCGGAUUCUCGCAAGGUGGACAGUUCCUUCGUGCGUACGUCGAGAGGUACAACGACCCCCCGUUACACAAUCUCAUCACAUUCGGGUCCCAACAUAUGGGUGUCUCCGAAGUAUCGGAAUGCCGCCGAUACGACUUCUUGUGCCAGAUCGCAAGGCGUGCCGUGAAGAAUGGCGUGUACUCCAAGUGGGCUCAAGGGAAUCUCGUCCAGGCACAAUACUUCCGCGACCCAAGCAACUUGGAGACCUUCCUCGAAGCCAAUCACUUCCUGACGUCAAUCAACAACGAGGUCGCCCCCAUCGAUGGCCGAAAUGAAACCUACGCACGCAAUCUCGCUAGUUUGGAGCACCUGGUCUUGGUCCUGUUUACGAAGGACGUGACAGUGAUACCGAAAGAGAGUGCUUGGUUUGGCUCAGCGGCCGAGCCUGACGAGUCUGAUGACUCCCUGACAGUGAUGCAGGAAAAGAUACUCGGUUCCACGACGAGUGGCGAAGAAACAACGAUCAUACCCAUGCGACGCCAGCCAUUAUAUCUUGAGGAUUGGAUUGGACUGCGAACGCUGGAUGAACAAGGCCGCGUCAUUCUAGAGACUUGCGAAGGCGAACAUAUGCAGAUCGGUGACUGUUGGAAGCCCCUCGUCAAGAAAUUUGUUGGGAGCCCGGCUUAG